AUAUAUCUACUCAUUUCAUAUUAUCUCACAUUGUUAAAAAAUGAAAUCAUACACCCCCUUACUUCAUCACCCUGGAAAAGGUCAAAAAAAGAAAAAAAAAGAAAAAAAAAGUUUCCCGUACAAGUUUAUCUGGGCCAAAAAGGAUAUUUAUAACUUUAUCUGUUUGAGAUUUCAAUGGGCUCUCAUGGCCCAAUUCAUGGUUUCGAUGGACUUAUUCUUACAAAACCCGUACGCUGAGUCACUAGUUACAGUUCUUCGUCUUCCCCCGCUCCCCGAGCUAUCCAAUUCUUCACAGUUUCUGUGCAAUCCUCAAAAUGCCCAUCUCAAUUCCCACUCCAUUUCCAUGGCAACCUCUCUCGUUUCCAACGUCACUGCAAUCAUCUCCCAGUCUCCUCUUUCUCCGCACAAAGCUCUCUCCCCAUUCCCUUUCCAGGCCACCUUCCAGCACCAGCACCAUUGUCCGCAUGGGAGGCGGACCCAGAACGUACCCAGGUGGUGUCUCCAAGUGGCAAUGGAAACGGAUGCAGGCCAAGAAAGCCAAGCAGCUUCUCAGGGCCCGACUUUUCCGCGAGCGCCAAAUCUACGAGAUGCGCAAACGUGCCCAACUCAAGGCUGCCGUCUCUGAGUUCGAGCGUCCCUGGGUGGUUGUUCAAAAAGCUCCUAAUCUCUUUUCUGUCAGCGCCGACGAGGAACUCAAGGUGUUGUCGGACAGGUUUCAGAAACCUGGCGGGUUCGAUAUGUGGAGCGAGAGAGACGGUCCGAAGCUGUUUGAGACGGUUGAGAAAAAGAAUGGUGUCAAUUGGAGGAGGGUGGAUUCUGCGCAUGUUGGUUUUGAUAGGAAACAGAGAGAGGAGGAGAAUCCCAUGAUUCAUGGAAGCGGUGGUAGGAUCAAGAACUUAUAUGUUUGAUAAAAAAUAAAAAAAAAAAGGAUUUAACAGCACAAUAGGAAUGAUUCUCAAAAAUGUCCAGAUGGGAAGGAAAAAUGCAGAAUUUUGGUAAUCUUCUUUGGCAAAAUUUCUUAAUUAUUGGUAAAAUUGUUUUAACUUUGCCAUUGAUGAGAUUGAGAUCAUUAUUAAAAGCUUGUAUGUAUU